CGUAAAUUAUUAAAUAAAUUAUAAGUACUUAUUUUAUAUCAAUCAAUUACAAUUUGAUUGCGUUAUUGCCAAGUUUCAGCCUAUGAUAUCUUAGAAUUAUCAAUAGGACAAUAUUUAUUGUGUACAUUAAUAAAUAAUCUGUAAUAAGAAUUGUGUCAAACACAUUUAACAAAAACAUUAACGCACUAUUGAAAAUUCGGAAACUUCCGCACUAUAUUCAAACCACAUUUAAAUACAAUGUGUCAUAUCAUUUAUCUACGGUUCAAAAUUCCAAUCGGAUCACAGUCUCAAUUAAACUGCGUCGAUAGACUCAAAUAAAAAAGUGUUCCCGUAAGAAACAAAAACAAGAAAAUGCGAAAUUCCGACACAGUGGUCCACCACCACAUAAUCGGAACUGAUCCGAACGAAAACAUAAUGGGUUGUUGCGGCCGACGAUGUCAGAAGUGGUCGACGUUUUCGACGGCGGCCGUUCUCCUCGUACUUGGCCUGGUGUUAAGCAUCUGGUGGACGAUGCUGUUUCAGAAUGUUGUCAAUAAGCAAUUGUCCCUGGGCAGCAAAGAUACAAAGGGCUACAAGAUGUGGAAAGAAACUCCAAUACCCAUGUACAUAGAAUUUUACCUAUGGAACUGGACAAACGUGGAUGAAUUUAAAGACAAUCAGUGGCCUACAAAACCAAAAUUUGAAGAGCUCGGCCCAUACACUUAUUCGGAACAUCACAUCAGAGAACAGGUUGUAUUCAACGACAACAACACAAUCACGUACAAAACUAAGAAGAUCUACAAAUUCUUGCCAGAGAAAUCCAACGGAAAACUUACCGAUAAAAUCACCACUAUAAACGUUAUUUUGGCUAGUGUGGCAGAUUUGGUACGUAGCAAGAACAUAAUAGUCCGUGAUGGCAUCGAAUUUUUCAUUUUGGAGAAGCACGAACAGUUUAUUAUUACGAAAACGGCACAGGAGUUCCUGUUCGACGGUUACGACGAUCCUUUUAUUAAUUUAGCAAAGAAACUGCACAUCAAGGGUAUGGACAUUCCAUACGAUAAAUUUGGAUGGUUCUACAAUAGGAAUGGUAGUGCAGAUUAUGAUGGUGUAUUGAAUAUGUAUAAUGGAGCAGACAGUAUAUCAAAGUUAGGGAGACUCGCUAUGUGGAAUUAUGAACCGAGGGUCGAUGAUUAUCCCGGUGAAUGCGGCAAAAUUCAAGGAACCAGCGGUGAACUUUGGUAUCCACCACACGAAGAUGACGUACUCGAAGUUUUCGCUCCCGAUAUUUGCAGUACGUUAAAACUGCGAAAGAAUAAUACCAUAAUGCAUAAUGGUAUUAAAGGCUACAGAUAUGUGGCAGGAGAAGAAGUUUUCGGUAACGAUCUUCCAGAGAAUAAGUGUUACAUUCCAGAUGGGACGACGUUCAGAAGUGGUGUAAGAACUGUUCAGAAAUGCAAGUUUAACGCCCCAGCAUAUGUUUCCUACCCCCAUUUCUACUUGGCUGAUCCUUGGUACAGAGAACAGAUCGAUGGCAUGGAACCAAAUUCCGCAGAACACGUGUUCUACUUAUCUUUGGAACCAAGCACUGGUUUACCUUUGAACGUUCACGCCGCCCUUCAAGUGAACAUUCGCAUUAGGAACUGCACUGGGAUUAAAUAUCUUGAAAAUGUAAAAGAAACGUACUUCCCUAUGUUGUGGUUCAAACAAACCGCCGAAUUAACGGAGGAUUUAUCGUCUUUGGCCAAACUGAUGUUGGUGAUGCCGAACGUAGGAACGUACACCGGAUACGGAUUCAUCGGUCUAGGAACGUUGUUAUUAACUCUGGGUGUGGUUAUAACAUUUCGUAGGGGUUGGAAAGAUUCAUCCGACGAUGAACGUCUUCUCAACCAACAGAGCUUGUGAGGAUCAUUCCCGUUUCCUGGCCUGGAGUACAUAAUAUAUUUGCCAUUUUGAUCUUGUCAUUGUACUUGUUUGUAUAGUAUUGUUAUCGAGUCCUAGUAUGGUUUUUCAAUAAUUAUAUGAUGCUGUGAUAAUAGGAUUUGUCCAUUUUUGUAAUAAGUCUCGUGUGUUUCCAUUUGUAAAUAAUGUGGAUUGUAGUUUAUGAAAUUUUAAUACAAUAAAUAUUUAGUAAUAUA